AAGGCCAGCAAGGAAGCUGCAGGUUCACCCAGAGGCAGCGGAGGGCUCGAGAAAUCAAGCCCUUUUCAUUUCUGAGAGAUCUCCUGUGCGGGGACCUUUGAGCAGGGCUCUGGGGGCAGCAGCUUCCACUGCUGAGCACCUGCGUGCGUCCCAGGGUCUUGUUUGCCCACCUGGACGGUGGGGACAGUGACCCCGGAAGCAUGCUAGCAGGGGUCGGGAAAGGAUGUGUGUACGGCUUGUGGCACAGAGGCUCGCACGGUGCAGCGGGGUUUCUAAAUGACUGUCUGUACCAACUCCAGGCUGGGGGUCGGUGGUGGAAACAGUCUCCCGCAUACCUGCCCGAGCUCUCCUAUCACCUGUCAGGCAGACACGGUCCUGGUGGUGUGUGCAGGUGUGACGGAGGAGACAACAUCCUGUCCACAGUACUUCUCAUGUAGCCUGGAAAGCUGCUCGCUUACAUUUUCAGUGCUGAAUAAUACUCGGCUCUGUGAUCAGACCAAGGUUGAUUUAACCGGGCCUCUUAUUCUUGCACGUGGAGGUUUGGAGGUGGCUUCCAGCUGCUGCUUUUGCUGGCAGUGGCUGUUAUGUGCUUGGGUGAUGGAAGGUGAACUUCCCAGGUGUGGGAGGCCAGGGCAGAGGACAGGCACAGGAUGUGUUGAAAGGUAUUGCCGACUCGAUCUGCAUUUGCUCUCCCUUCCCCAGGAAGGCAGGGCUGCGGAAUUGAGGAAUAUUCUAACUCUGGUUCGACCCCAGCAGUGACAGCCUGGAGAAGCUUCUGGAGAAGAGGGAGAAAUCUACAAGUAAAUGGCCAGUGCUUCUCUCUUGCUUUUUUCUGUUUAUGUUUGUCUUCCUCCAGACUGUGGCUCCAGGUGGCUCGUUGAAAGUGAUAUCCAGGCCUGAGGGCUUUUAAUAAGUCCAUCUGGGGGCCUCUGCAAACCAUCACAGGAAAAGAGACUGCCCCUCCCAGGCCCCCAGCCCCCUCUGUUGGCCAAAACAGCCAGAGUGGGUCUGUUGGGGGAGAAAGAGGGGAACCAGAUCCGGAUACAGAGUUUGGGAGGAUGCUUUGCUCCCUGCCGCUUUGUUUCUCCCUCUGGAGCAUGUGAAAAAGCGUGAGUUCCCUGUCUCCCCUGUGGUGGGGGCUGUGGUGUUCCUUUCUUUGGCCCUGCCCCCAUCUGCAACAACAGCUAGACUUGCAGAUGACGCCUGACUGCAGGGGUCAGGGACUAUCUAGGCUGUCCUGGAGUCAUGGGGAGCAGGAUGCAGGAUGCGCCAGGUAGCAGCACUACCCUGAGGGAUUUGGAGGUGUCUGGCCACCCCUCCCUUAGCUGAAGAGGCUGUCGUCUCUGGGGUGGUGUAAUUAUGGUAAACAGAACUCUUAGAACAAGAUGACCUCAGACAUCUGUAAUUCUUCUCCACAGAAUUUAUCUCAAGAGAAUAUAGUAAUUCAACACAAGCAAAGAUGCUGUUUGUUGGACAGAAAUUUAAAAAACUGUGGACAAAUGAAUUAGUAAGUCAAGGUUAUGUAUUUCACAGACAUUAAAAAUGACAGCUGAUAACCAGAGACGCUGGUCUAUUUCACGGGAGCCUGCGGACAGGAUCCGAGUGAGUGCUGAUGUGGCCCAGCAUGUCGGUCAGCGUGCAUGAGACCCGCAAGUCGCGGAGCAGCACAGGCUCCAUGAACAUCACCCUCUUCCACAAGGCCUCCCACCCUGACUGCGUGCUGGCCCACCUCAACACGCUGCGCAAGCACCGCAUGUUCACCGACGUGACGCUCUGGGCCGGCGACCGCGCCUUCCCCUGCCACCGCGCCGUGCUGGCCGCCUCCAGCCGCUACUUCGAGGCCAUGUUCAGCCACGGCCUGCGGGAGAGCCAGGAUGACACGGUCAACUUCCAGGACAACCUGCACCCCGAGGUGCUGGAGCUGCUGCUGGACUUCGCCUACUCCUCCCGCAUCGCCAUCAACGAGGAGAAUGCGGAGUCGCUGCUGGAGGCCGGCGACAUGCUGCAGUUCCACGAUGUGCGGGACGCGGCCGCCGAGUUCCUGGAGAAGAACCUGUUCCCCUCCAACUGCCUGGGCAUGAUGCUGCUGUCUGACGCGCACCAGUGCCGCCGGCUGUACGAGUUCUCCUGGCGCAUGUGCCUGGUGCACUUCGAGACGGUGCGGCAGAGCGAGGACUUCAACAGCCUGUCCAAGGACACGCUGCUGGACCUCAUUUCCAGCGACGAGCUGGAGACAGAGGACGAGCAGGUGGUCUUCGAGGCCAUCCUCCAGUGGGUGAAGCACGACCUGGCCGGGCGCCAGGCCCACCUGCCCGAGCUCCUGCGCCGCGUGCGCCUGGCCCUGCUGCCGUCCGACUGCCUGCAGGAGGCUGUGUCCCGCGAGGCCCUGCUGCUGGGGGACGAGCGCACCAAGCUCAUCCUGGACGAGGCUCUCCACUGCAAGACCAGGAUCCUGCAGAAUGACGGGGUGGUCACCAGCCCCUGCGCCCGGCCACGCAAGGCUGGCCACACGCUGCUCAUCCUGGGGGGCCAGACCUUCAUGUGUGACAAGAUCUACCAGGUGGACCACCAGGCCAAGGAGAUCAUCCCCAAGGCGGACCUACCCAGCCCGCGGAAGGAGUUCAGUGCCUCGGCCAUCGGCUGCAAGGUCUACGUGACCGGGGGCCGGGGCUCCGAGAACGGCGUCUCCAAGGAUGUGUGGGUAUACGACACCGUCCACGAGGAGUGGUCCAAGGCGGCGCCCAUGCAGAUCGCCCGCUUUGGCCAUGGCUCAGCCGAGCUGGAGAACUGCCUGUACGUGGUCGGGGGGCACACGUCGCUGGCGGGCGUCUUCCCGGCCUCCCCUUCUGUGUCCCUGAAGCAGGUGGAGAAGUACGACCCCGGGGCCAACAAGUGGACCAUGGUGGCUCCGCUGAGGGACGGCGUCAGCAACGCCGCGGUGGUGAGCGCCAAGCUGAAGCUCUUCGUCUUCGGCGGGACCAGCAUCCACCGGGACAUGGUGUCCAAGGUCCAGUGCUACGAUCCCUCCGAGAACCGGUGGAGCAUCAAGGCCGAGUGCCCCCAGCCUUGGCGGUACACUGGCGCGGCUGUGCUGGGCAGCCAGAUCUUCAUCAUGGGGGGCGACACGGAGUUCACAGCCGCCUCGGCCUACCGCUUCGACUGCGAGACCAACCAGUGGACGCGCAUCGGCGACAUGACGGCCAAGCGCAUGUCCUGUCACGCCCUGGCCUCGGGCAACAAGCUCUAUGUGGUGGGGGGCUACUUCGGGACCCAGCGGUGUAAGACCCUGGACUGCUAUGACCCCACCUCGGACACGUGGAACUGCGUGACCACCGUGCCCUACUCGCUCAUCCCCACAGCCUUUGUCAGCACCUGGAAGCACCUGCCAGCCUGAGGAGCGCCCGCGGAGCCCAGCCAGACUCUGCGUGUUUCUCCCCACCCGUGGCCGCCGUCCUCUCUGCUGUCAUGGCUCAGCCGUCAGGAGGCUCUGCUGGGCUCCAGGCCAGCGCCCCGAGGGGCCCAAAGUGCUCCAUUCUGCAACUGCAGCCUCAGGCUAUUCUGACCUUCAGAUGAGAGAGGAGGAGCCACCUGCGGCCCGUGUGCCCACCGAGGCCUUUCUGGAUGGUGCUGGUUCGCAGGGCAGAGGCCCUUGGGAGGGCAUAGACUGACAUUUGGACUCCCUUGGCCUGGACAGAAGGACGCGUGCACAGCAUGGGGGUGGCCUGUCCCAGCAUAUCCUGCACUGAGGCUGGGGGCCCAGCAGGAAGCACCCGGGUCAGACCUCCCUGUGGGAUUGCACUGUUACCCCCAAGGAUGUCCCAGCCUCAGCGAGGUGGGAUCCGGCAAGACCAAGAGGAAGUUUCUGAGAUCAAAGAUGCUCCAGGGGUAGAGAGCCCUGGAGUGACACCUGCAGGCUUCAUGAGCUCAUGGCACCCAAACCCCCAAGGUUAAAGAGGAAAGCCACUGCUCCUCCCCAGUCAGGCUCCUCAGCUGUGCUCACUCAGGCUCCAAUAUGUGGGCUGCUCUGGGCCAGGAGCCCUUUGGGCUGGGCUCCCCCACAGUGAGCACGCACUGUGGAUGUAGGCUGCCAAUUGGGAAAACCCAAAAGCUGAAGGUGCCUUUCUGGGCCCUCCCAGCCACCGAGGCCACCGACUGGUCUCAGGAGAGGGCCCUGCUGGAGGACUCCGGGCACCCCCCACCCCGGUUCCGGAGCUCGCAGGCCCUGCUGGUGGCUGCCGGAGACAAGCACACUAAUCACACAGCACAAGAGGCCCUCCGGUGGUGCUUCCCCCACCCCCCAACAUGUUGCUUUUGUCUGUCUCUAACUUAAUAAAAGAAA